AUGCAACAGUCCGACGCUGCAGUACAUAUCUCCGCACAACAACAUGACCGUAUUCUCUAUUUGGCUCCCGAGGCCAAUUGGAUAUAUGAACGUGCUGAAAAGUCCGCAGACAAACUUCAUAUCGAUCUCGGAAAUGUCAACGAUAAUGCAGCGCGUUGGUGGGCCGCGAUUUUAGCCCCAGGCGAAGGUUGGCGAGCAGAAAUCACUCGAAAUGCCACCGUUUACCGAUUCCUAUAG